UUUUUUUUUUUUUUUCUUCGGUGUCGUUUCCGCUCUCCGUUGAUAUUUUCAACCAGGAUCCACGAAAAAUUAACCAUAAUAUAUAAAGUGGGUCGUUGCUUGGCAACGUCUCCAACCAUUCUUUCGUGUCGUUUUUUUCGACCAUUUGCCUCCGUUUUUCAACCUUCUCUAUCUCUCUCCCCCCUCUCUCUCUUUUUCUCUCUCUCUCUCUCUCUCUUUCUCUCUCUCCGUUUCCACGUUUCUCUUUCAUCCUCGACGAUGAAGAGAUGAUUGCCCAUUUCUCGCGCAAUGUUCAAUUCUUUCUCGAAGGACGACGGCAUUACAAUGGCGGGAGACCGAGGCCUAGGGAGCUCGAAUUCGNACACGUGAAGUCGGCCAUCGAGGCGGUGGCCAACGGGUUGUCGCUGAGGAAGGCGGCUAAUAUGUUCUGCAUAUCGAAAUCUGUUCUUCAUCGUUACAGUAAACUGGAGUCACGGUCGGUGGGAUAUCUCAACUGCCAGAAAGUCACCUAUCCGUGCAAGAAUUGCGGCAAAGUGUACAAUUACUACUCCAGUUUGGCGAGGCAUUUGAAGCACGAAUGCGGGGUGGAACCGAAGUUUCACUGUCCACUCUGCCCUUACAGAACGAAGCACAAAUCCAGCUUGAACACGCAUCUGAACGGCAGGCAUAUGAAACUUUUGAGCGAAUUUUACACUAUGCCAAAUGGGAACAAGCUGUCAUCCACCAUGGACACUGGGAAUUAAUAAUUGCCUGUCAUGUUUACU